CCGCACGGGCCUAUAAUCAGCGUGCACGGUCCCCACACAUCCUAAGCCUUCCCGCACACGUCUCACUCACGCGCCAAGCCCACGCCCCAAGCCCACGCCCUGCUUCCACAAACACCCGCACCCACGCGCCGCCCCCAGAUAGAGCGGAGGAUCUGGAACCAGAAGCUGCCCUGGCUCCCCUGUUAAUGCUGGUGCGGCUGUGGCCGUGGCUGCUGUUGGGCUGUUGUCUGCUCGGACGAGGGCGUCCCUCGGGGCUGUCGCGAACGUCCGCAAUGAGGAAUGAGCGGCACUGACAGACAGGGGCACCAUCGGGGCUGUCGGCCGGGAGCAAGGUCGCAUGCUGGCGAGCCGAACAGCGAAUUCAAUCUCACGGCUGUAUUCGUCAGCUCGUACAUCGCUAAACAAAACAAAAUACCCGUUCACCCUUGUUAAUCCGUAACAGAUAGAGUUGAUGUCAUGCACGCUUCGCUUCCCCGCGCACCGAACUGGCCCGUUGUUCCUUUAGUCCGAUCAUUGUGACUACUACAGUGUAUAGUAUCAGAUAGCACUUGAUUAGCGCGAGGAACUGUGGGCCCCUGCCAGAGACUAUAAUGUUACAGUUCGCACGCGCCAGCGCCGCAGCGAGUGGACAUGGCUUAGGCAGUAGCUAUACUAGUGCUCCAGCAUCAGCACACACGGGGCUUACUCUGCGGCCAUGCGGCAUACCGCUGACCCAGCCUCGCGCCGCCGGGCGCCUCCACCCCCCGGCGACCGCCGGCGGUGUGGCCCGCGGCCUGGCGUGCAGCUCCGCAACCAGCGGCCCGGCGGCGGCAGUGCUCAGCGGCGGCGGCCCCUGCCUUGCCACCGCCGCAUCUGCUGUCACAGGGGCUGGCGGCGGUCUGCGGCAGCUACUGCCGCUAGCCGCCUGGGCCCGUCAAGCCGCACCAGCGCCCGCCACUGGCGCACCUGCAGCAGCUGGGGCGCGCAGCUGUCGCCUGCAGCCGGGGCGGCGCGCGCAGCAUCAGGUGCUGGCGGCUGCGGGGAGGUACGGCAGUGGCAGCAGCAGUGGCAGGGGCAGUGACAACAGCAGCAGCGGACAUGGCGGCAUCAGCGGCAGCCGCAGUAGCAGUGACGGUGGGGGAAGGGCAGGCAGGGGUUGGGCAGGCGGAGGCCAUUGGGCUGACGGCAGGACGGGUGGUGGAGGUAGCAUGAGUGCCGGUGACAGGAGUGGCGGCGGCGGAAGGGCGCGUGACCCCGCGGAUGACAUGACCGUGUGUCGGACUCUGGAGCAGCUGCAAGGAGUCAUUGAUCAGCGGCUGGCGGUGUGGUGCGAGCGGCAAGACGUGAGCACCAUGUCAGCUGCCUUCAAUCUGUGUGGCAAGCUGGAGUCAGCACACGCCGGCGGGCCCGCCGCCACAGCCGCGGCCCGUGCCGGCAUCAUUGCGGCCCUUGCGCCUGCUCUUCUUCCGCUCGUGCCGCGCAUCCGCCAGCCGGCCAGCUGCAGCCUUCCGCUGUUGGCGCUGGCAAAGGCCGGGGCUGCCAGCGACGGGCGUGUGGAGUCACAGCUGGCGUCGGCGCUGCUGCAGCGGCUUGUGGACCCAGUGUUGCUGGAGACUGCAACUCCUCAGAACCUGGCAAACGCGCUGUAUGCCCUGGGCAAGCUGCGGGAGGAUCAGCAGCGGCGGGGCUCGGGCUGGGACCCCACCUCAUCGCCGCAUCUGAUCGCACUGGCGAACGCUGUGGCCUCGCGGUGGCGUGGGGCGCUGGGGCACGGCUUUAAGCCGCAGGAGCUUUCCAACACCCUGUGGGCGUGCGCCAAGCUGGGAUACCGAGACUCAUACCUUCUGCUGCCGCUGGCGGAGGCGACUGCAGCCCUUGCCCGGGACAUGAAUGCGCAAGAUGUGGCCAACAACCUGUGGGCCCUAGAGGUCCUUGGCUGCACCGGACCGGCGUUUCGGGCUGUGCUGGAGACGCUGUACGGUGCGGCGCUGCGGCGGCUCCGGACACCGACGGAAGCUGCAGUGUUCAUUCCGCAGCACCUGUCCAACAUCCUGCUGGCGCUGGAGGGUCUGCAGCUGGGAGGCAAGCAGUCCGAGCUGCUUGCCGCUGCAGUAGCAGCGGAGGGAGUGCGGCGGAACUUUGCCGGCUUCAACCCGCAAGCGCUCAGCAACUCGGCCUGGGCCCUGGCCAAGAUGGGGUAUGGGGCCGGUGCAACGCCGAAAGCCAUGGAGCAGAGCCCCUGGUACGCGGCCGCGGUGGCAGCAGCUCAGCGGCCCGGGGUCAUGGCCAGCGCCAAGCCGCAGUAUUGGGCCAACCUGCUGUACGCGCUUGCGUUGGUGCGCCAUCAGCCGCCGCCCGCGCUGCUUGACGCAGGCGCCGCGGCGGCAAUGCAGCGAGGCAAUGUACAGGAGUGUGCAAACACGCUCUGGGCGCUGGCGGUGCUGCAGCUGCGUCACGCCGGCUUGGAGGCGGCGGUGUGCGGCCGGCUGGGCGAGCUGCUGCGGCAAGGCCCGGAGUCGCUUACUGCACAGGAGCUUUGCAACAGCCUGUGGGCGCUAGCGGUGCUGGCAGGCGGCGGUGGCCCUGCUAGCCCGGCUGCAGCCGCGCUUGCCCCGGCGCUUGCCCGUGAGGCCGCGCGGCGCCGUCAGGGCUUUCAGACCGAGGAGUUGCGUCAGCUCUGGCAGGCGCGACAGGAGUUGGGCGGUGAGGUGGCGGAGGCUCUUGCCCGCAGCCCCGACCUGCUAGCCACGAUGGAGGCGGCGGUAGCUGCCAAACGGGCGACUGAGUCAAACACCAGCAGACUGCAGGAGCAGGUGGCGGAGGCGCUUCAGCGACUGCUGCAGAAGGGUCGCCUGCCCAUCGUUUUAAUGCAGACAGAGGUGGUGGUGGAGGGCGUGCUGGGGCGUGUGGAUAUUGUGGCGGACUGGAGCGAUGGGCGCAGAGUGGCCAUUGAGGUGGACGGGCCGGACCACUUUCUCACCAACCGCAAGGACAACCCGUCCGCGGUAGACGGUUCCACGGCGCUGCGCAACCGGCAGCUACGGCGGACGCUAGGAGAGGGCGGCCUGGUGUGUGCGCCGUACUGGGAGUGGUACAGUCUGAGGACGCCUUCCGCUCAGGAGGCCUACCUGCUGCGGCGGCUGCAGGAUCUGCUAUCGGGCGCUUCGUCAGGAGGAGCAGCGGCAGGGGAAGGCAUCGCUGCCGCCCCUCGCCGCCAGCAGCAGCGGACGACUCGGCCGCAGCCGGACACUGCCGGCACCACCACCAGCACCAGCACCACCGCUGUCAGCAGCCAGGAGAGGCGCAUCCUCGUUGUCCGCAGGACGGCGCGAAAGCAGGACCUGCAGCACGACGCCACCUGCGACACACCGUCAGCCUCAGGUGCGGGUCCGGCGGAGGCGGUGCCGGAGGUUGCGACAAGUGGCGGCCUUCGGCCUGCCGCCGCGGGUGCCGACGUGGCACCUGCUCCUAGGCAGCAACAGCGACAGCGACAGCAGUGACAGCAGCCGACGAGGCCGGAGCCGGAAGCUGUGGCCGCUGCUGUGGGCAGACGCCGCAGGCCUGCUGCAAACGAGCCGCGGCCACAGCAGCAGCAGACACGGCCGCCGCCGCAGAACUAACACAAGGAAGCGAGCGGCCUCUGCAAACGCACACGCGGCUGCGGCUGCUGCUGCUGCUGCUUAGCACGCCCCCAUGGGUGGAUGUGUAAGGGCAGCUGGCGUGGCGUCCCACCCGUGUGGGUUCAGGCUAGGGUGAUGGGGGAUGGGGGUUACAUUCAUGAUUAGUUAAGGAAGUGGUAGACGGUAGACCAUCUUGCGGAACAUGAAGCGUUACCGACGAUGUCGACCAGCUACUGGCUCCAGCUCGAGCUCCAGCUCCAGCUCCAGCGCGUGGGGGAUGGGUUUGGUCACUUUUAUGGCCCCAGCCCAGGGCGCUGUGGAAGCGGCUGCGGCAGUGGCACCUUUUGUCUGCCUGCCUGCCUGCCUGAAUGGGGCAGUGCCCGGGCGGCCGGGCGCCUGGGCAGGGCGCGCACGCACGAACAGCAUCAUCAUCAUCAUCAUCAUUAUUGUGGGGGUAACAAUGGGCUGGAGGCAUCUGUAGCAUGAGAUCCGUCGGCAUCAAGUACCUUUCCAACCAUCCUGCCCUGACCGCGCACCUACCCGCACCCGCACGCCCAUACACGUGGCCCCCCAACGCGCAGUAGGCGGAGUUUGUUUCGUGCCCGGUGCUGCUGCUGCCAUGAACACACACGUGGAGGCGGGCGCGUGGAGGAGCGACCGGGCAGAGCGUGGCGGACGAGGAGGGCAGAGGAGCAGCAGGCGUUGAAAUUGAGUCGGCGUGAUGACUUGCUUCGGAAUGAGUUGGUGAACCGGGCGUGUGCGCGCAUAGCAAGUUGAAGGGAGAACGAGGUUGGGUCAUUGCGGAGACUGUAGCAGAGCCUGUGCUGUGAUAGAGGUUGUGAGAGGGGCUGUGGCGUGUGGGUCUUUGGCGGGUGUCGACACGUCGGCAGACACACAGACGACGCUCUGGUCUCUGGGGCGCGUGCGGAGGCCUUGGGCUUGCCAUAAUUGUGAGCAGGUGUGUGAGGUAAGGUGUAAAGGUGGUUUGUGCGUAGGAUGGCAAUGAGGUGACGUAUGCGGGGGGGGACUGUGGAGGCGAGCGGCGGCCUCGAUGCCUGCUUGCACACAGGAGCGGUCGUUUGGCUGGGUCACCUACCGUGGUGUAACAAGAGGAUUGU